AUGCUUACAGUACCUACUGGAAACCACGCCAGUCAGGCCUCUACCAAGGCCGUUAUCUUAGUCGGAGGUCCCUCGCGAGGCACUCGCUUCCGCCCAUUGUCACUCGAUGUGCCCAAGCCCCUGUUCGAGGUCGCCGGCCACCCUAUCAUCCACCACUGCUUGAAGGCACUGGCCAAGGUCCCUGAUGUGCACGAAGUCUUGCUGGUUGGAUACUACGAUGAGACUGUCUUCCGCGACUUCAUCUACUCUGCGAUGAAGGAAUACCCCCAAUUCCGCAUCCAGUACUUGCGCGAAUACACCGCUCUGGGCACUGCGGGUGGUUUGUACCACUUCCGCGAUGCCAUCCUCAAGGGCAAGCCGGAGCGCUGCUUCGUGCUGAAUGCUGACGUCUGCUGCUCUUUCCCUCUGGGUGAGAUGCUGCGUUUGUUCGAGGAGCGCGACGCUGAAGCAGUGAUUCUGGGCACCCGAGUUGGAAACGAGGCCGCGACUAACUUUGGUUGCAUUGUGUCGGACUCGCAUACCAAGCGCGUGCUGCACUACGUCGAGAAGCCCGAGUCACACAUCUCCAACCUUAUCAACUGCGGCGUGUACCUGUUCGCCACCGAGUGCAUCUUCCCCGCCAUUCGCAGCGCCAUCAAGCGUCGCACUACCCGCCCCCGUCUCCUUUCGUACCCCUCCUCCGAUAACCUUGAGUCAUCCUUCAUCGCCGCCGAUGAUGAUGAGGAUGCCGAAAAGAACGAAGUCAUCCGCCUUGAGCAAGAUAUUCUGUCUGAUCUCGCAGACAGCAACCGUUUCUUCGUUCACGAGACCAAGGAUUUCUGGCGCCAGAUCAAGACCGCUGGUUCGGCUUUGCCCGCCAACGCACUUUACCUCCAGAAAGCAUUCCAGGCUGAGUCUGAAGAGCUCACCGCUCCUUCCGCCACCAUCGUGCCCCCUGUUUACAUUCACCCGACAGCCGAGGUUGACCCUACAGCUAAACUUGGCCCCAAUGUCUCCAUCGGUGCCCGUGUUGUCGUUGGCGCCGGUGCUCGUAUCAAGGACGCUAUUGUCCUUGAGGAUUCAGAGAUUCGUCAUGAUGCCUGUGUUAUGCACUCGAUCAUCGGCUGGAGCAGCCGCGUCGGCGCCUGGGCGCGUGUGGAGGGUACCCCAAUCCCCGUUACCAGCCACUCCACCAGCAUUGUCAAGCAAGGCGUCAAGGUGCAGAGUAUUACCAUUCUUGGCAAGGAGUGCGGUGUCGGUGACGAGGUCCGGGUGCAGAACUGCGUCUGCCUGCCUUACAAAGAGCUCAAACGUGAUGUCGCCAACGAGGUCAUCAUGUAA